AUGCGUUUGUCUUCCCUGCCACUGUUCGUCUGGCUAGCGGCCACAGCAGUCACCUCGGCCGGCUCAUGCAGCAAUGGAUACGUAUCGUGCCAUCCAAAGGGUGCAGAGCUGGGAAACCCCCCUGACAUCGGCCCAGACAUGAAGGAUUUCUAUGUAGACCUGGUCCAGUCUGUUAAGGGCCAUGGACAUGGCCGCGAGAAGCGAUCCCUCAACAAGAACCAUGGUGUCAUUGCGCAAAGAGACGAGGAGGGGGAGCUCUGCUGGAAGGGAAAAGGCAACGGACCAGGCUCGGGGAUACAAUGCCUGUUUCUGGACGGAGCGAAGUUCCCAUUCUGCUGGGUGAGUUUGCUCUGCACACCUCUCUAUGCUGGGUAUCCCAAGGAAAAUACUGACACUUUUCAGGAUCCAUUCACCACCAACUUCUUCUUCAGAGAUGGAUCCCAUGGCAAUGCGGCGACGGGUGACUAUCAGACGGGCAACGGUGACAAGGUCAACCUGAUCCAUGGCAACUAUACAAAGCCUGAUGGUACGGAAGAGAACAUCUACGGCGCGAAGGAAUCUGCUCCAGCCCUCAGCACCCUCCCAGUCCCUACGCCGUUCACCGGCUCCGGAGUUGGCAGCCCGAUUCCAGGAGACAAGUUGGGCAAUGUAGCAACUUCUGGGGCAACUGCUCCGCCAACCUCAUCCACCAAAUCUCCAUCCGGAUCCAAACCGACCACACCAGCAGACUCCAGUAGCCAAAAGAUGGAGUUGGGAUUCUCCCUGGUUGCGUCGAUGGCUAUGCUAGCCUGUGCUCUUUUGUUAUGA